AUGUCCAAGGAGAACAACGAGUACGAGAUCUCCUACCGGUCCACCAUCCAGCCGAGAACGGCGGUGCGCACGCCCAGCCGACAAAGCGGAAACUUUAAUUCCAGCGGAGGUGGCGGAGGUAAGGAACUUAGAAUUAGUUGAUAUUAACCACGAUGUGAUAGCUAAUAUUGAGCUUUCUAGCACAACUAACAUUGAGUUAAGUAGAAUAGAACAAUCAAUAUUGAGUUUGACCACAAUUACCAUCAUGUUUGGUCUCUUACAUCCAAAAAACUGCUUCCAUUUUGCAACUCUUAUCACUCUACCCUCUAUCACACAUUGUAGGCCUUUGUUUCGUAUUUCACUUUCGUAUCACCGACUUAUCACCGCGAAUUCCGCAAGUUCAUUUCACGCUGCCCCACUUGUUUACGGAACAUUAGACGAUUACUUUUGUGUGAUAAGGGCACUCCUCUCUGCCUCAUAAAACAUUGCCUUAUACGACCGUACGAUCCUCUCAUAUUGUGUUUAUUCUCCGUUUGUGUGGGGGGAUUUCGGCGUCAAGGGAAUUCGGAAUCCCCUGAAUUCUCUUUUGUGAGCUUAAAGCGCUCGCGCAUCCGAUUAGAAUCGGGUUUGCAUUCGGUCCCUCCCCCCCCAAACUUCGCCCGAAAAGUUUGCGACGCAGAGCGACGAAAAUUCCGUACCAAAAGGCAAAUCCGAACGUAUAAUAAUAUCACAUACUAAACCGCUUGACAGCCCCUGGAGACCCGCGAUCGAUCCGAGUGUGGUGAAACAAGGCCAUUCGAGGAGCAAACCGCUUCCACACCACCACGGUCUGCUCUCAUUCCUUCUGAUAUUAGCCUAUUGAACCAGCCGUAUUCAACCCGUACACUUUAUAUUUGUGAAUCAAUUUAACUCUUGUAUAUACACGGAGGUUGUGUGAUCGCAUACAAACAUGUACAGAUCAGAAGGUAAUAGUAUUGUUAGUUACACUAGAGAGGAUUAUGACUUACACUAGGGUAACUCAGCUUUCUAGUGAAAAUUUAUGCAUAACUAUGACAUUACAAAGCUUACCUUUGCCUUCACACUCAUGUAGACUAUGCGUUAGUUACUUUUGGCUGUAUGAAUAGCCUGGCAGCCAGCCGAUGACUUUUAACUUCAGGUUCUUUCUUUAACUUACUACCGCCUUUUUUGUUAGUUUACUAUGCUUGUUAAUGCCAUUACUUAUAUCACCUAAGAUCUUAAUGAUAGUCUUAUAAUUUUAGGUGAUAUAGAUACCUAAACUUUUAUGAAUAUGCCCUCUAAAACUGAAUAUUUCCAGGCCGUGUACUUAAAAUGGUGACAGAGAUGGGCAGUUCGGCCGUCGGUGGAAUCAGUCCAGCCUUGAGUGCCAAUGCUGCCAAAUCCUUCCUGGAAGCCGCUGAUAAGGACAAGAAAGAGAUGCAAGGACUUAACGACAGAUUGGGCAACUACAUUGACAGAGUCAAGAAGUUGGAGGAACAGAACAGAAAGCUGGUGUCCGAGUUGGAAGACCUCAGAAGCCGAUGGGGAAAAGACACCACCGAAAUCAAGGUAGGUCCGCAUGAAGGACGAUGUACACAUCAUAGAUCCUAACUUUGUCCCGCUUAAAUAUAUGAACACAUUGCUAUAUCAACAUUGCAUUUCCAUGCUAUAAUCUUACAAUAUGUGUAAAAGGAAUCUACCUCUUUUGAAAACUUCGCCAACAGUCAUAGUUAAUUAUAAAAUUAUCUUCAUUCUAUUACCUCUUUGUGUUGUUGACGCUAAAUAAUCAGUAAAAUAAAUAAACUAUAUGAGAUACAAUAACAUGAAUUUUACGCAAAAUUAAAAGCCUAACAUAAUAUAAUCAAACACUUCAGAUCAGAUACACAGAUAGUUUGUCGGAAGCUCGCAAGAACAUUGACAACGCCGCCAGAAACAAGGCCGAAGUCGAUGUUAAGGUAGCUAGACUGAAGGAAGACCUCGAAGAGUACAGAAACCGCUACGAGGAGAUUCAACGCCGCCGUGAAGCCGACCGUGAUCACAUCACAACCUUCACCAACAUGAUCGCUGAUGCUCAGACCGAGUUGGAGAUGCUGAGAUCUCGCUGGAAGCAAUUGACCGACGAGGAGAAGCGUCUCAUCUCUGACAACGCUCGCUACUGGGAAGAGCUCCAGAAGGCCAGAAAUGUAAGUUAAAUCUAGAUAGUUAACAUUACCUUAGUCUCUGUGUAUUUGAGCAAUCCGCUGUAUACUUUAUGAUAAUAUAUCAACUGAUUUCCAGGACUUGGACGAAGAAACUCUUGGAAGCAUCGACUUCCACUACCAAGUCCAAACUCUGAAGGAGGAGUUGGAGUUCUUGAGAAGAGUUCACGAGCAAGAGGUCAAGGAACUCCAAGCUCUUUUGGCUCAAGCUCCAGCCGACACACGCGAGUUCUUCAAGAACGAGCUGGCUUUGGCCAUCCGUGACAUCAAGGACGAGUACGACUACAUCGCCAAGCAAGGAAGACAAGACAUGGAGAGCUGGUACAAACUCAAGGUGUCCGAAGUCCAAGGAAACGCUCAACGUUCCGCCAUGGACUCGAACUACCAACGUGAGGAGGUCAAGAGAAUGCGCGACAACAUCGGAGAUUUGCGACAAAAGUUGGCCGAUCUAGAGAACAAGAACGCUCAACUCGAGAAGGAGGUCCAAAACCUACAAUAUCAAGUAAGCUUUAGCUUUUAUAACACUCUUACAAUAUCAAAUAUGGACAGAAUAUGCUCCGUAACACAAUAUUUAAAUGAUAGAGGCACAAUUUCAAACUAAAGUAAUAUCAAUAUCCCCAAUUAUCUCCUAAAGAUAUGGAUAUACCUAUUUCAGUUGGCCGACGACCAAAGACAAUACGAACAAGCUCUCAACGAGCGUGAUGCCCAGUUGCGCCGCAUGAAGGAUGAGGUGCAGAGCUUGGUUCAAGAGCUCCAAGGUCUUCUGGACACCAAACAAAUGUUGGAUGCCGAGAUCGCCAUCUACAGAAAGAUGUUGGAAGGCGAAGAACAUCGUGUCGGACUCAGACAGAUGGUCGAACAAGUGGUCAAGACCCACUCACUUCAACAACAAGAAGACACCGACUCCACCAGAAACGUCCGUGGAGAAGUUCAGACCAAGACCACCUUCCAGCGCUCGGCCAAGGGUAACAUCACCAUCGCCGAAUGCGAUCCCAACGGAAAGUUCUUGGUCUUGGAGAACACACAUCGCAGCAAGGUAAGUAAAAUCGUUGUUAUCACAGGGAUUUUGCAAAGAAAAAUAUUUUUUAGAUUAAUAUUGAGUCAAGUUUAACUCUAAAGCUUUUUGAGUCAAGUCUUUCCCUCGUAAAUUCCUAACAAAAAACGAAAUAAUUCUGACUCUUCAGGAUGAGGACAUUAGUGGCUGCAAGGUGAUCAGAAAGUUGGACAGCCGUCAAACCAUCGCCUACACCAUCCCACCCAACGUGGUCCUGAAGGCCGGCCGUACCUGCAAGAUCUUCGCCCGCAGCCAGGGCCCACACAACCCACCAGAGAGUCUGGUCUUGGACUCCGAAAACACCUGGGGCAUCGGCGCCAACGUGGUAACGCAAUUCAUCAACAAGGAAGGUGAAGAAAGAGCCACGCACAACCAGAAGACCGUCCAAACUGGCCAAUAA